UUUGCGGCCAUUAGAUUUUACGAUGACCCUUCGCCGUGCUGCGCAACAUAACACUGACAACAGUUCAUCUAGAAGAGGUACCUUUACUUGUACCGUACACUACUACGGCAAUAGAUGUGUGAUUGAUUCAGGAGGAUUAGAUAGCGCCGCUACUCUCUCUCACACGCUCUCUCUCUCCCCAGACCACUCCUUCAAGAAUCAGAAGAAAAGAGCCAAGAGGCUUUCGAGAGCCAGGGUACCGGAUCUCGUGAGGCCGUGUUGUUUAGGACGCAGUCAACUUACUUACUUAGCAUUCUUGUCCUCCGGCUCUAUGCAUGCUGUGCAAGUGCUGCUUGUUUACUACGGAAUCCGCGUGGGUUUACUGUCUGUACGAUUACAGCCUUACUCGGUUACUCGUGCUUGCUAAUCUACUCGCAGGUCUUGACUUGAGCCAGAACUGCAAUACUACUCAGGUCUGUACCGUCUUGGGGAAGAGUUACUGCCAGUAGUGGUGCGAAGUGGGAAAUCAGUCGGUCAGCACACACACGACGAAGUCAAGUCGACUUCUUCAGGGAGCAUUCCGUCCACUGCAGGGUUUAUUGUGGCGGUGGAAGGCCGUAUCAUCGCGCUUCUCAGGUCUUUCGUGGUUUGCAUGCCAGACUCGUAGAUCGACCAUGCGUAAGAGCGGCGGUUGCCCCUGCCCUAUGCGUGGCAUGGCCGCGGGCUGAUGGACGAGAUAGAGGCUGAUCCCAGACUUGGCUGAAGGCUAAACAUUGUGCUGCGCACGGCACCCUGCUGGUUGGUGGUGGCGCAGGGCGGACUGCAACAACAAGUGCCGACUGGCGGGUCGCUAGUGGACGCUUUCGGACUCGGCACCAUGCCCUUGGAUUCGCGAACAGGUCUCCGUCGUCGUCACUGCCAACCAGCCAGGGUGUCACUGCAAACAUCAGUCGUCCUGCUCCUACUGCUGCUGCUGAUUGGCCUGCUAUUGCCAUGGGAAUGCUCAGCUGCUCGCCGCUGCCCGACUGUGGCUCAGGGACGAGCUUCUGGGCGCUUCCUGAAUUGGAUCAAGAACAGUAAGGUGUCCACAUGUUCUGUGGACAGCAGACAUGCAGUUCCCAGCAACAGGAUCAACUGUUCGGAUGCCACCUGUUGCAGUUCCAGUGACUGCAGUCUGACAAAUCAACUUUCCUGGGUCUGCUCAUGCGAUUCACGCUGUGGUGUGAACCGUUGCUUCAUGCUGGUGGGAAGCUGUGGCAGGCUCAGCCCACCGCACGGCGGCUAUUAUGUGAAGGAAGAAGACGGCUACGUCAAGCUACGCUGCAAGAAAGGCUUCAAGCGCGUCGGCCCAUGGCGGAGGCAGUGCAAAGGUGGCAAGUGGACCGAUCCCAUGCCUCACCAAUGUGUCCCUCGCUGCAGGACACCUGAUCUUCCACGCCAUGCUAUAUUUAUGGAACAGAAAGUCAAGAAGAACUAUCUGCUGAACGAUAGGAUCCGUGCGGCCUGCAAGCCUGGCUACAAGCUCACCAUCAACAAAGACUUUCUCCUGACCUGCAAGUAUGGUCGCUGGAAGCCAAGAGUCGAACGCUUCAGAUGUGUGGUCGACCUUGAGAAUCCCUGUUGCCAGCUGCCUUCAGCACCGCUGCAUGGCAGCGUCACCUUCCUGACCGGCCACAACGCCAGCCUCUGCAAGGGACAGGCGUUCACGUAUGACUGUGACGAGUGCUACAAACUAGCAGUGGGUUCCGCCAGGCAGGACGUGUGCGUUCGAUCGGAGCAAGUAUUCUCACCGCCAACGUGUCAACGAGUCACGUGCCAAGGGCAGGACAUUCCUCUUUCGGUGGGGACAGUCCUUGUCUCGGCGCUCGACCAGGAGUCCAUUCACGGUUGCUUGUCCAACGUGACAGUACGAUGCCAGGGAGCCCACGAGGCAACCAGCAAGCGUCAAGCAUUGAAAUGCAACUCCCACGGCAACUGGGCACUUUCAGCUGGUAUGCAGGAAUUACACUGCACGCCCUCAUCAGUACGACAAAUACGUCUUGAAGCGGCAACGCCGUAUUCGCUGCGCCUCAGCUGGUUACCUCCAUCGGUCCUGGCAGCAUCCACUGCCAGCUACAAAGUGGUCAUUCGGCAUGGCUUGACCUCUUCAUCUCUUCCAGGGUGGCAUAAUCCCAGGAAGAACUCCUACCCGGCUAAUGACCAGCGCUUUCUGAAACAGGGACGCUUCCAUGUCGAAAUAAACGACUUGUCAGCCGCCAGCGCGUAUCUCAUUGAAGUAACACCAGUGGACACGAGCGGUGCAGAUGGCGGCCAAAGCAACCUGAGAGCCAGAACAGUUGUGCAGUCUGUUAACCCAGUUCGCUGCGAGGUUAACUCACAACGGCUAUAUUUGGUGUGGAGUGCAAACCUCUUUCCCUCUGACACGGUUUACAAGGCAUUCUACCGCACAUCCAGCGCCGUUGCAGACCCGUAUGUGGCGAGUGGGACCGAGCGUGCAGCACAGGGCUUCAGCCGUGUGCUGCUGAGAAGGAUACAACCGUACACAGUCUACCAUGUCCAGUUAGUGCCAACUCACUCUUCUCCUGGUCAAGCCCUGGCCGUGAACUGCAGCCUGGAGUCCCGUGACAUUGUGCCCAGACCACCGGCAGCGCCUAGUGUUACGGUCAAUUCUAGCUACUUUGAGGUGACUUUGUAUCCGUCGGCUGAUGUCUUUGUUCAACGGCAUGAGCUGAUCGUGCGCAAGUACUCGCGUAAUAUCGUUCAGAACAGCUGGAAGCACGAGUUCAGUCCAGCGCAGCUGUCACCACGCCACGCGCCUGCUUCUCUGAAGUUCUUGGUGCCCGAUGCUCGGCCCGGUGGAACACAGGGCGGCGUGUUCAGGUUCGAGGUGCUUGCCUAUUCACCAGAGGAUCAGGUCAGUAGGAGCAGUCAGACUGCGUAUUUCGUCUGAGAAGCUGUUCGACGUGCCUAAUCACAUAGUGUCCAUGCGGCAGCAGUUGAGAGAGCACGUGAUCUCAUUUAUGCAACACGCACGCAGUGCGCUGUCAUAGGACUGACUGGAACGAUCAGCUACAUGUAGUUGUGCAUCUGACAAUGGACCGGUCGUGCAGUGCUGUGCUGUGCUGUUUUGGUGUUGGGAAUCAGCCUAGCAGCAGUAGCUGGCGAAAAUUGUGCCGGCCAGUCGAGUGGGUUUGAGCUGCACACGGAUCUACCUUGCUGGUGCCUUGUCUCUUUGAGUGAACAAUGCCAAUAUCACGGUGUGGCUUGUGGAUACAUGGACCGUAGCUGCUGCGCUCUCAGUCUCAGUCUAAGCCGGUGAGCAUCAGUACUGUACUGUGCUUUGCUGAUCCGCGUCAAACCACCGUGCUAGAGUGCUUCCGAUCGCAGAGUGACAUUUCCUAUCACCGCUGUCCUGUACUCGAAGGGAGUCAGGGCUGGUGUUCGGUUUGCUUGUGAUGCCUCUGCAGACGCGGUCACCGUCUUGCGCUGCAGGAACUCUGACUGUAGUUGUCAUGAACAUUCAUGAACUGAGUGAACUCAAUGAUUGCACUCUUCAGUGUGCCGUACUUCAAAACUUAGUCGAUGCUAGUACAGUAUCAUAGUGCCACCCUAUUGCUGAAGGUGGCGUUGACGCAGAUUUGCGAUGCAUAGAAUGAGAGGAGUUUCUCUGCAUGAAUUGCACGCAGACAUUCACUAUUGCUUUGCACAGUGUGUUGUCGAAGUCCUUGACAGUAUUAUGGUUUAGUUGUAAGUGCAUAGCUGUGACGCUAGUCUAGUCUAUACACUCUAUCAUGACUUGUAGAGUCACAUCGUCACUUGGUGACUACUAGUGGAGAGUAUUUAGGUGCUUGAGUUGAGAUGGAGCUGCUGUCACAUAGUGCUUCAUUGAGUAUAUACUAUUAAAUUUUGUUUGUCUUUGCUCCUUCUAUUAUCGCUCCCCUUGUUGGCACUGAGCCUGAGAGUGCAACCAUAUACCCAUACAUGUGCCACAGUGACAUCGGGGGAUGAUGAAUCCCGGCAACUGCUGCAUGCUCACAGCCGAGCUCCUUGUAACGCCUUUAUUGACUUUGUUUCAUGUAGAUUUCGACCAGGAGAGAUAGCGCGAGCAAAACCGGCGUGCACCUCUUGCCUACUUUCACUAUCCGUUAAUAUUCAGAACUUCACAAAUCACCACUUGCACUUUUUUUUCUCUGUGCUGCAUGGCAUUGAUUUGAUUUCUGAGAUGUACAUGUACAUUGUAUCUAUGAAUACACAGACAGAAAGAACGAGCAGUUUUUUUUUUCUUCGUGAGGCUCCGAGUUUCACGAACUGAAUCGAUCAUCAGACGAAAAUUGAUACUGA